AUGGCGUACGCGAUUGUGGUUGGAAGCGCUGUGAUUCGCAUUACCUGCAGGUUGAGUGCUGUUGUGACUGGACAGGCCAUGAUGUUGCAUGGCAUUCAAUGUAGUUUUCAUUUCUGGAUAUCACGAGAAGAGGACACCAAUGGUAAUUCAUCACACAUUCUACAAUUGUACCUGUCCUUGGGGGACAUGUUCCAUGUCUGUGAAGAAUCACACCUGAGUUCUCUGCUUGCCUCGCGCGGGAAGAAGAAGAAGAAGGGGAUCUACAAUCCCAGCACUUGGUUCAUGUAUUUCUGGCUGUCUGAGAAGAUUCUCGUUACAUUGCCUGGGUUCUUUCUUGGAGUUGCUCUGUUGAUCACAAAACCAUGCAGUGACCCAAGUGGACGUGAUUCGAGUGAAUGUGACUUGACCUACUGCGAAUUUUCUGAGAAGAUUCUCGUUACAUUGCCUGGGUUCUUUCUUGGAGUUGCUCUGUUGAUCACAAAACCAUGCAGUGACCCAAGUGGACGUGAUUCGAGUGAAUGUGACUUGACCGUUUGUGUGUGUUAUAUGCUGGCUCUCGUGAAUAAGUUUCCUUAUGGUAUUAAUGUUGAGGAUACAUUGUUGGCUUGUUUUGAUGGGCUGAGUGUGCUUUUGUUUGUCCUUGUGCCCAGUGGAUCUGUGCUUGAGGGCAGUUUUCAGUUGCCUGACUAA